GGUACGCCAUGACGUCAUCGGCGGGCGCCGCGCACCAGGCCAGAGCCGGAAGUGCUGUGGCGGCGGCGCGGGGCCACGUGCAGACCCUCCGGGAGUCGGAGGCCGACGAGCGUCGCCGGUGCAUAUCCUGCCUCCUGGCCCCCUUACAUGUUCAUGCUGACACACCUCCCAGGUCCCUGGCACCUGCCAGACAGCAACACCAUGAGCUUCGUGGCGUACGAGGAGCUGAUCAAAGAGGGUGACACAGCCAUCCUGUCACUGGGCCAUGGUGCGAUGGUGGCAGUGCGUGUGCAGCGUGGGGCCCAGACCCAGACCCGGCACGGCGUCCUUCGGCAUUCAGUAGACCUCAUUGGCCGCCCCUUCGGCUCCAAGGUGACCUGCGGCCGAGGUGGCUGGGUGUAUGUGCUGCACCCCACACCUGAGCUCUGGACGCUGAACCUGCCACACCGCACCCAGAUCCUCUACUCCACCGACAUUGCCCUGCUCACCAUGAUGCUGGAGCUUCGGCCUGGCUCUGUGGUCUGUGAAUCGGGCACCGGCAGCGGCUCCGUGUCCCACGCCAUCAUCCGCACCAUCGCACCCACGGGCCACCUGCACACGGUGGAGUUCCACCAGCAGCGGGCGGAGAAGGCUCGGGAGGAGUUCCAGGAGCACCGUGUGGGCCGAUGGGUGACCGUGCGCAACCAGGACGUGUGCCGCAGUGGCUUCGGCGUGAGCCGCGUGGCGGACGCUGUCUUCCUGGACAUCCCCUCGCCUUGGGAGGCCGUGGGCCAUGCCUGGGACGCCCUGAAGGUCGAAGGCGGGCGCUUCUGCUCGUUCUCCCCGUGCAUCGAGCAGGUGCAGCGCACGUGCCAGGCACUGGCAGCCUGUGGCUUCUCGGAGCUGAGCACCCUGGAGGUGUUGCCCCAGGUCUACAACGUGCGCACCAUCAGCCUGCCCGCGCCUGACCUGGGGGCCAGUCCGGGCCCCGACGCUGGCCCCUUCCGCAGCGGCAUGCCCAUGAAGGAGACCGUGGGCCACACCGGCUACCUGACCUUCGCUACCAAGACCCCGGGCUAGCGAGCCGCCCGCCAGGAGCUCCAGGGAGCUGGGAGCACCGCGGGCCGGACGGGGAGGCGAAGCUCGGCCAGAGGCUGCCUUAUAUGGUCGGCGGAUGCCUGCCGGGGCCUGUGUUUAGAAAUCUACGGACGCAGGGUGGGGCGGGGCUGGGGGCCUCCCGGGUGGCUGAGUGGGGCUGCCAUGGUGGAGCAGUGUCCGGCCCCUGGGGAGGGAGGCCUCCCGCCCACGUCACCGCUGUGGUCAGCGUCCCCGUCCUGCGGCUCUUUGUUGCCACUCAGCGUCUCCACUGCCGUAGGCUCUUCUGGAUGUUGAGGCCCAAGAGUGCAGGUGGCGGGGCGCAGGUCUGACCCUUCCCAGGUGGCCCCAAACGAGGAGGGAGGAAACAGGGGGAGCAAAGACCCAGAGGAGGAGGGCCAGGGACCCCCACGGUCCAGCUGCCCAGCAUCUGAGGCGACCCCGCUGUGUGGCCUCAGGCCUGACCCCACCCCUCUGGGCAGUGCACAGGCCGUGUGGGCAUGUCCUUGGAUUCCCGCUGGCGCAGGGCCAGGGCAGCCCCGCUGCUUCGCUUCUGCCUCCGGGAAGUACCUCUGCGGCCCUGGCCCAGCCAGAGCCCUCACGUGUCGAUGCGUGCGAACACACAGCGUCACGUAGGGAAGAGCUGGGCAGGGCGGGAACAUGCGUCCGGUGGCUGGCCAGUCGGGUCGGGGCCACCCGGUGCCCCUGCCGCUCACAGGAGCCGCAGGGAUGUGGGGAUGGGGGCGUGCAGCCCUGCCCUGGCCUGCUCUCCAGCUCUGGUGCACGGCUGGCGUCCCUCCCGCCCUGCUGCUUGAAGGGUCUGGGUGCCUGCCCUUGGCCUCAGCCAGCCGUCAGGAGCCUCGGUGACCCCAGGUCGGCACGAGAGCCCCAGGGUCCCGGGCUGGCCUGAGGCUGGUCCCCGACCACCCCUGGCAGAGAAAUAAAACACUGUUGCCCCUGC